AUGGAUGAUGAAUUAAAUGUAACAUAUAUAACUCUUGAUGGGUAUGUGGACGUUCAUAAAUACAGAUAUCUUUACUUUGUGAUCAUGUUCACAGCAUAUAUUCUAAUUCUCUGCAGUAAUUCUACUGUUGUGUAUCUUAUUGUGGUUCACCCAAACCUCCAUGAGCCUAUGUACAUUUUCAUUGCAGCUUUGUUGCUAAACUCUGUUCUUUUCAGCACGACUAUCUACCCAAAGCUUCUGAUUGACUUUUUAUCUGACAAACAGAUCAUAACAUAUUCAGCCUGUCUCCUUCAGAGUUUUUUCUAUUACUCUUUAGGUUGUUCAGAGUUCUUACUGUUGGCAGCCAUGUCUUAUGACAGGUAUGUGUCUAUAUGUAAACCUCUGCAAUAUCCAACCAUCAUGAAUAAGACAACCAUCAGUAUGGUCUUGGUUUUAGCCUGGCUUGUGCCAGCUUGUCAGAUUGCAGUGCCAGUAGCACUCAGUGCUAACACAAAACUCUGUAACUUCACCGUACAAGGAAUAUUUUGUAGCAAUUCUGCUUACAAACUCCACUGUGUGAUUUCAAUACCACUUUCUAUAUACGGUGUGAUUAUUUUGUUUAAUGUUGCACUUCUCCCUUUGCUUUUCAUACUUUUUACAUACACCAGGAUAUUUAUAAUAUCAUACAGAAGUGGGAGAGACGUCAGGAAAAAGGCUGCAGAGACGUGUUUACCUCAUCUGUUGGUUUUGAUCAGUCUUUCCUGUUUGAGUCUGUAUGAUGUCAUAAUACUCAGAGUGGAAUCUGAUUUUCCAAAACUGGCACGUUUAAUAAUGACCUUCCAGGUGAUCUUGUAUCAUCCUCUCUUUAAUCCGAUCAUAUAUGGACUGAAAAUGAAAGAAAUCUCAAAACACUUGAAGAGGUUGUUCUGUAAAGACAAACUGAAAAACUGA